AUGGCAAUGAAGAGGCUCUCUCUCUCUCUGGGUUUGGUGUUGUGUUUGGCUUUGACCAGGUUUGCAGUUAACGAAGCAAUUCAUGAAGAUGCUCUUAUUACACAUCUUCCUGGUUUUAGCGGAAAGUUUCCAUCAAGACACUAUUCAGGGUAUGUUCUGAAAGAUAUGCGUCUGUUUUACUAUUUCAUCGUAUCCGAGAGACAACCAGAGACGGAUCCUGUUGUUUUAUGGCUUAAUGGCGGACCUGGAUGUUCUAGUUUUGAUGGAUUUAUCUAUGAACAUGGUCCAUUCAACUUUAAAGAUGGAAUCUCAAGUGGAAGUCUACCGAGAUUGCAUCUCAAUCCCUAUAGUUGGUCCAAGGUUUCCAAUAUUAUUUAUUUGGAUUCUCCAGUGGGUGUUGGAUUGUCCUACUCUAAACACAAAACCAAGUACAAGAAUGAUGACAUUAUAAAUGCUCUAGAUACACAUAUGUUUUUGAUUAAAUGGUUUGAGUUAUACCCCGAAUUUGUGGAGAAUCCAUUUUAUAUCUCUGGAGAAUCUUAUGCGGGAGUUUAUAUACCAACUCUCGCUUCAGAAAUAGCGGAAGGAAUCGAAAAUGGUUUUGAACCCAAAAUUAAUUUUAAGGGUUACAUGAUUGGAAAUGGGGUCGUCGCAGAUCCAGUAUUUGAUACUGACGUUUUGAUAUCUUAUAUACAUAGCAUGGGACUUAUCUCAGAUAAUCUUUUUGAGGAUAUUCAAUCUACUUGUAAGGGAAAGAGGGUUGAUCAAAGGAAAUGUUUAGAAAACCUCAAGAAGGCUGUCAAUCUGGUUGCUGAUCUGAACAAGUAUCAUAUUCUGGAGCCUUGUUACCAUCCACCCAAGACUAAUCAUGAGAAUAUAAAAAGAAUUAACACAACCUUGAUGAGAAAGUGGAUGUUCGGCCAUGGUGGUGUUGUGUCUCGAUGGAUUGAUAGUGAAGGCCGUGGUGAUUGCAUUAAUGAUGAACUUGCGACUGCAUGGCUAAAUAAUGAAGAAGUAAGAAAAGCCAUCCACACAGAACCGGUUGACAAGAUUGGACGGUGGGAGAUGUGCACAAGAGAUUUGGAUUAUAAUCAAAACUCUGGCAGUAUGAUUCCCUACCACAGAAAACUAACAAAGAAAGGUUAUUUGGUGCUUAUAUACAGUGGAAAUCAAGACAUGGUUGUUCCAUUUACUGGAAGCCAAGCAUGGGUUAGAUCACUUGGAUAUGACAUAGUUGAUGAAUGGAGGCCAUGGAUAGUAGAUGACCAAGUUGCCGGAUACUUACAAGGAUAUCACCAUGGACUCAUAUUCAUGACUAUUAAGGGCGCAGGUCAUAGAGUCCCAGAAAGCAAGCCAAAAGAGGCAUUGCAUUUCUAUAGACAUUGGUUGGAAGGAAAGCCAAUAUGA